AUGGGAACAAGACCGGUUGCUAUAGAGGAGAGAGGUGGUGGCACGGAAUGGCCGGGCCAAUCAGGAAGCCUGGAAAUUCGGCGAGGCGUCGAGGCGACUCGUAGCCUGGAGACUCUGGGCCAAUCAGUGGGGAGCUUCGUAGGAGCAGUGGGAGCGGGGGGGAACGACAGAAGGGAAUCAAGAGAGAUUGGUGUCGGUGAUGGUGGUGGUAACGGUGGUGACAGUGGUACGGAUGGUGGUGGCAUGGGUGCAGGUGGGGUGAAUUGGAGGGAGAUGUAUCUGCAGCGCCAGAGGCGGUCAAUGGCGUACCUCGGAAGGUUCCAGAGCGAUUUCCUCGCAGGCCACACCUCCGGCGUGCGUGCUGUGAGGAUGCUUACUCGACCACCCUUCCGCUUCUCCCCCUCACACUCUCCCUCACAAUCUUUCUCGCACCCCUAUUAUCGUUCGCUGCACGAGCCGCCUCUGAACCCACCCUUCUCUCUGGCCAUUACUGCUGGUUAUGACUCGACCAUCCGAAUUUGGUCGCUGGAUGACUGGAGCAGCACUGGUUACCACCCAAGUACCAUUCCCACCUCGUCCGACCGUAACGGUUACAACUCUGGUAGUUUCGACAAGAUCAGCAGCACUUACACUUACGGGUACAGUUACAGCGGUGGGAUCCCCAUCGCCACAUCACCGCCACUUGGCGAGACGGUACGGGCCGUGGCGGCCGGGUUGGACUUUCUGGCAGUGGGCGGCACGGACGCAGUGAUCCGGAUUUGGCGGGCAGCAAACGAUUGUCCGUAUCUGUUUGACGUGUCUGGCAUGUGGAGCCACACCCAAGCAGCUAAGACCCUUGCCGCCCAGCUUGCUCACUCUGUCAGGAACGGGCCGCUAGAUUCAAAAGAAGCUGCUGCACCCCCUGCUGCCGAUGUGCCUUCUCAUGCUCGUCCCCCUUCUCCUUCUCCCUCGUUUCCCUCUCCUCCUCCACCGCAUCCCCCUGCUGCUCCGUCACACCUGCCCUCGGUUCCCAUCCUGCUUCAUGGACACAUGGGUCCUAUUACCUGUCUCGCUUUGGAAGGGGGGUACCAUGCUCCAGGUUCAAACAGGUGGCAAUUCCCCCGCUCCUCCUCCUCUUCUCCAUUCCCAUCCUCCUCUGCCGACUCCCCUUCGUCCUCCUCCUUGCCCGUCUCGUCCCGCCGCCUCCUCUUCUCGGGGUCAUGGGAUUCGACCAUUCGCUGCUGGGACCUUUCAUCCUCCCUCUCCUCAUCCUCCUCCUCCUCUUCCUAUUCCUCCUCUUCCUUUCCAACCAUCACUUCCUUCCACCAUGCUGACUGGGUAUACUCGCUGCAACCGCGCUUCUCCCCCUCGCUCUCCUCCCCUCCCCGCCUCUUCUCCACUGCUGGUGCUGACGUGUACUGCUGGGACGUGGAGACCGGAGCGCUGCUGAAGCGACACGUGGCAGCGCACACCGGGAAGGCACUUGCCGUGCAGGCGAGCCUGUGCGGCCGUUUUGUCUUUUCUGGAGGGGAGGAUGGGGUGGUGAGGAUGUUUGAUCAGAGAGUAGGAGGAAGAGGAGAAAAGGGAGUCAGAGGAGGGAGAUCAGGAGGAGGCAAGGGAGGUGGAGGAGAAAGAGGAGGGAGAGGAAGAGGAGGAGGGGAGGGAGGGGAGGGAGGUGUGUGGGAUGCAGUGGCAGAAUGGCACGCACACAGCAAUGACGUGAAUUCUCUUGCCUUUGAAGACCCAUGGCUUGUUUCGGCUUCGACUGACGGCUCCUGUGCUCUUAUGGACAUUAGAGCAGCUGCUGCAGUAGCAGGUCGCUGUAAAGGCAGCGGAUGGGCUUCUUAA